CAGUAGGUGUCCGCAUCGCAGCUUCUGCGGCUCCGCGCGCACCGAUCAGACACGCACACGCACACACACACACACACACACACACACACACACACACACACACACACACACACACACACACACACACACACACAUCUCGGUUGUGCCGCUUUUAUUCACGGCUGCGCGCGGCAGGCAGACAGACAGGCACGAGCUCGCGCCGCCAUAGUUCUUUAUUUUUCUCUCGUUUUCGGCUUUAAGGCGUUUUUUCUUCUUUUUUCCUUUAUUUUCUUUUUCUUGUUGAAUUUGUCUCAUAACGGGAGGAUGGCGCUUCUGUCCUGUGCUUUUCUCCUUCAUCUGUCCAUCAUGAGCCGCUAACUGGAGUCCGGACUUUCUCUCUCUCUCUCUCUCUCUCUCUCUCUCUCUCUCUCUCUCUCUCUCUCUCUCUCUCUCUCUUUCUCUCUCUCUUACACACAUUUUGGUAGUGUCCAGUGGAAUAAUCGCAGGAUGCCAAGGCAUUAGUCUCGGAGGAGUUUAUUGUUGAAAAAGGACGGACUCCAUCGUCGCCUGACGUCUCUACCUCAGCGCCAAAACCAGUGAGCGGCCAUGUCAAACAUAAACAGUGGGCUCUGCAUUGAGAGCGGCGCUAACGCAGAUGUGUCUCUGUUACAAAAGGAUGCCCUUCAGGAAGCCGGAUUAAACCAGCUGUUGGAUUACAACGCAGAAAUUGAACGUUAUCGCUCUUUUGCAAACUUUUACAAAACAAAUGGAGCAUUUCCACAGAGUGCCAAGAUCGCCCGCAUCACCACACCCAUCUUCCCCAGUGCACGGAUCGGUGUAUCACCGUGGAACUGUGACAAUGCUGUGCUCUGGGGACGCAAGUCAGCACCGAUCCACCCAAACAGAACCAGGAGCGACUCGUCUCAGCGGCCCGGGAAACCCGAGACUCUGCAGAUGGCAAACAGUAACUUCCUGUCUACGUUAUCAUCGGAGCACUGCAGGCCGUUAGCGGGGGACUGCGUCAACAAGCUGAAGUGCGGCGGUGCUGCUGAAGCGGAAAUAAUAAACCCGGCAUUCUCUGCACUCCCAGCUCUGGGGGGCAUUUCUUUACCUCCUGGGGUCAUCGUUAUGACAGCACUGCACUCUCCCGCCUCUGCAACUGCCGUCACAGACAGCGCCUUUCAGAUCGCCAACCUGGCAGACUGCCAGCAGCAUAACAGUAAUCACAGUAAUCACAUUUCUUCUCCUGUGUCCGGAGGAAACGCCGCCAAAAAAAAGAGGAAGCGCUGUGGAGUGUGCGCCCCCUGCAGGCGGCUCAUUAACUGCGGUGUCUGUAGCAGCUGCCGAAACCGCAAGACUGGACACCAGAUCUGCAAAUUCCGCAAAUGUGAAGAGCUGAAGAAGAAACCAGGCUCAUCACUUGAGAGGACGCCGGUGAGCAGCGGAGAGGCGUUUCGAUGGUUCUUCUAGUGCCAAAGAAACACAGCAUCACGCCACAUUAUUCAAUAACAGACUCAAAAAAAGUGGAUUUAGAAGCUCCAGGACCUGGAACUGAAACCAAACCUCACCUGAACAACAACAAAAAUCACAAAAACAAGAGACAGAAAGAAGGAAAAGAGACGAGAGGGAGAGGGAGAGGGAGAGGGAGGGUGGACAAGAGAAGGUUUAACUAUGUAAUUUGAUUAUUUCUUGUGUAAUUAGAAACAUUUUCAUUGUCUCUGCGUGUUCAGUGUCGUAGCUGAUCAAGCUACGUAUGCUAAAUUAUAGACAAUCAACACCUGGAAUAAACCAUGCAACUGGAAUAUACAAUUUACCUGGAAUAUACCAUUCACACAGAGAGUGGUGUGAUCAUGCUGAAUGUCUUGGAGCUGUGAGUCGAGGUGACUGAAGGACAUUCAACAACAGGAGGUCGUCUAAAAAGCCGGAAUAAACCACUCCUGAAGAGAUUGGGGAGGAUCAGAUACAAUCUGUCUGUCUGUCUGUUCAUCUGUCUAUCUGUCCUUCUGUCUUUCUGCUCUGUCUCUUUGUGUAUGUAGACCAUCUUUCAACUGGAUCAGAUUUUGGGAUAUUUUAUCUAUCAGUCCAUUUACCUAUCUGUCUCUCUGUCCAUCUGUUUGUGUGCACAUCCUUCCAUCUAUCCAUCUAUCUAUCCAUCCAUCCAUUCCUUCUGGAAUGAACCAGUUCUGAUCAGAGGUAGAGGAUGAUCAUUCAUGAUCUACUUAAAGCAUCCCACUAUUGUCAUUUGACCUUAUCGAAUGAGUGUAAUGAUGUCAUAUAUAUGACAUCACACACAGAUACGAUCAGUCGCCUCGACAAACCGCUGUCGGACGAUACAGAAGGAGGAAAUGCGAUCGUACGCCAGACCUGCAGCAAUAAUCAGAAAACGAGUUUCAGUUGAUUUUACGCACCGGGAUGAGAGACGCAGCCAAUUACAGUUCUGUACUUUUUGCUUUAAUUUUUCACCGUUCUGAUGUUACGCAGGGCAUAUUGUCUUGCUAACAACGUGUUGUAAUUUUUAAUUUGUGAUGUGAAAUGUCUUGAUUUUUGGAAAAACACUGGAUCCUUGAUUGUUUUGGGUGAAAUGAAUUAGUAACAAUGUGCUGUACAGAAGUAUAGGAAGGCUGUGUACUUAUUAUGGAUUUCUCUGCCCAGAGAUCCUCACUUUAAAGUUAAUUAGCAGCGAAAGUUUCAUCUAUUCUGAGAUGAAAUGGAUUAUAAAAUUAAAUAAAAUUAAAUUGAAUAGUAAUUUUUAUUAUUAGUGUAGAAUUUUAGUUUAACCAACUAAACAUCUAGCUCAUUUAUAGCUUUAUAGAUCAAGGUCUUGUUACACAGAGUAGCUAGAUGCUCACAACUAAUCACCUGACUUGCAAACACUGUAUAAUAAAUAACAAUAUCUGGGCAGAAUACUUCAUAAUUACACACAGUUUCUCUGAACUUCUGUAGGUUUGAGGCACAAGUAAAUAAAUUAAAGUUAAAUUUCUAAAUUGCUAAAAUAUCUACUAGCUCUCACCACCAAGAGUAAUGAAGCAAGGAAAAGAAAACAGUAACUCUAGAGCUUAAAUUUCCUCUCAGAAUCUGCCAGAUCAGCUCAUUAUAGCUAGCUGGCUAAUGUUAGCACUUAAUAUUACGACCUUUUAUCAUGAUUUAAAAAUUCCUCAAAGAAAUUCUGUCAGAUUAUUUUGUGUUUCCAAGCUGGCUAAAGUUAAAAGAUAUUUAUGAAUGAUUUAAAAGGUUAAACUUGUCUGGUAUAACAGAUCAGAUCUGUGUUCACGUAAACCCCAGAAACUAAAAUUAUGGUGUUAAAAACGUGACCAAUGUAUCUCGCUAGUGCUAAUGCUAGCUCUAAUGCCCUGCUGUUGCAUGUGUAUCUGUGUUUUGGGUUUAAAGAUUACUGAGUUUGUAUAUUGUCGUUGUGAUGCUUUUAUGUGUUCAAAUGAAAGGAAAAAAGACCAAAAAAAGUUGGAACAAAUAAUUUGAUGUAAUUUUUAUUCUCACAUGUAAAA